UUGUGCGCACCGGUUGUGACGUAAAGCAGCUUGUUGGCUAAUUUUUGUGAGUUCAAGCAGAAACAGCUUGACUACAGACGAGAAAGGAUCUUCAAAGAAUCUAUAAGCGUUGCAGGAAAUCAAGUUGAAAUGCUGUCUGCUAUUGCUGCGAAAAGAGUGGUUACUGAGUUAUGCCAGACAGCAUGGAGACCAGCAAUCACAGGGAUGAUAUCAUCCCGUGCAUACCGCGGAGAUGCUCCUGAUGACAACAAAGCUGAUCUGAUUGAAAUCCCUUUGCCUCCCUGGGUGGAAAAAACUGAUGAGCCCAUGGACAUCAAGAGACGCCGGCUUGUCUAUGAGAGUCGCAAGAGGGGCAUGUUGGAGAACUGCAUAUUGCUCAGCCUUUUUGCAAAGCAAUAUCUAAAUACAAUGACUGAAAGCCAGCUGCAUCAAUAUGACAGACUGAUUAAUGAACCAAGCAACGACUGGGACAUCUACUACUGGGCAACAGAAGCCCAGCCCACCCCUGAUGUGUACCAAGGAGAAGUCAUGGAUAUGCUGAAGGAGUUCACAAAGAACCGAAACCAAGAACAGAGGUUGGAUGCACCCAGUUUAGAGUACUUGGAAAAGGAAUGUUAGUGAGAUCCUUGGCCCUCUGGACAUUCUCAGAGACUUAUUGAAAGAGAGAUACUGAGUAAACCUGAGUUUGAUCAAGCUCCAAAGAACAUUCUUGGGAAGUCCUCCAUUUUUAAUGGCAUUAUCCUGCUAUAAAAGGUAAAUCCCUUUCUCCAUUGUAUUAAGAAAAGGAUUCAUUGGACAUAAGGGGAAAACCAUUUAUCAGAAAACUGCAGCAACAGUUAAACAAAAGGACAAUCUUAUGAAUGUUUGUAUUAAUUGUAUUAUAAAUAUGUGAUGCAUUAUUGUGUGUUCAAACUGCUUUGUGUGUAAGAUGCUGUAUUAUCAAGCCUUGAUAAAUGAAUAUUGUGAUGUCA